AACCAUCAAAUUUACUUCAAAAAGCAUAAACACAGCCUUCCAAAAAAAGCACAAACACAACAUUAUUAUGAAAGAAGAUUCACCACCCACCGUUUGUGUCACAGGAGCUGCCGGGUUCAUUGGCUCAUGGCUCGUUAUGAGACUUCUCGAACGUGGUUACAUUGUUCGUGCAACUGUUCGUGACCCUGGUGACAUGAAGAAAGUGAAACAUUUGUUAGAACUACCAAAAGCCGAAACAAACUUGACAUUAUGGAAGGCGGAUUUGACGCAACAAGGAAGCUUUGAUGAAGCCAUUGAAGGUUGUCAUGGGGUGUUUCAUGUGGCCACUCCUAUGGACUUCCAGUCUAAGGACCCUGAGAAUGAAAUCAUAAAGCCAACCAUUCAAGGUAUAUUAAGCAUCAUAAGGUCAUGUGCCAAAGCCAAAACAGUCAAGAAACUGGUCUACACCUCUUCUGCUGGAACCGUAAACGUGCAAGAAAAACAACUUCCAGUCUAUGAUGAGUCAAAUUGGAGCGAUUUGGACUUCAUUUACUCCAAAAAAAUGACUGCUUGGAUGUAUUUCGUAUCAAAAACAUUGGCAGAAAAAGCAGCAUGGGAAGCGACAAAGGAAAACAACAUUGAUUUCAUUAGUAUCAUACCGCCAUUAGUAGUUGGUCCGUUCAUCAAUCCUACAUUCCCUCCAAGCCUCAUUACUGCACUUUCUUUGAUUAAUGGUGAAGAAUCACAUUAUUCGAUAAUAAAACAAGGUCAAUAUGUGCAUUUGGAUGAUCUUUGUGAGUGUCAUAUAUAUCUCUAUGAGAACCCUAAAGCCGAAGGAAGAUAUAUUUGUUCUAAACAAGAUGCCACCAUCCAUCAACUAGCAAAAAUGAUCAAACAAAAAUGGCCAGAGUAUCAUGUUCCCACUCAGUUUGAAGGAAUCGAUGAUGAGCUACCGACAGUUUCUUUUUCAUCUAAGAAGUUAAUCGAUCUGGGGUUUGAGUUUAAGUAUGAUUUGGAGGACAUGUUUAAGGGAGCAAUUGAUAGUUGCAAAGAAAAAGGAUUUCUUCCCUAUUCCACAAAUGAAGUCAAGAAGGGACUGCUUGAAUCUCCUAUUGAGGAGAAUGUUCAGGGUCAGAAGGGGAACCAGAAAAUCAGCUAUGAAGGGAUGAAAUUAGUUAAUUGAUCAUCAAAUUUUAUUAUGGAUGUUGAAAUUCCAUAAUGAAUGUCUUUCUAUUGUUUGUUUGGCGACGGUGUGACAACUAUUGCGAAAAUAAUGUAACAUCUUGUAUUCAAAUAAUUACCGUCACUGCUAAACGUUACAGUAAAUCUGAAAUUUAUUGUUCACA